AAGGAAAUGGAAACCACAUGUGUGUGUGUUCAUGUGCGAGACUUAGAGGGAGGCACAGAGUGAAAGCAGGAGAAGGCGUAGACUGUGCUUUAUCUUUACUUACUCACUCCAGACUAAAGCACUGAAAAUGAACCUGUCUUGAAGAUCAACAGGUUUUUAGAUUUUUUUUAUUACGUUUUUUUUUCUUCAUUUGCCAUGGCAAGACCGGUUCAGUUUUUGAUCUCUGUAGUUAUUAGCAUACUUGUAGUUUUUAUUCUCAUUGUACCUGCAGAUACACAAGAUUCUGUUACUUCAUGUGUCCCUGAAAUCAAACUUCGGAAGAACACCUUUUACACAGCCUCCAUAGAACACCAGUUAAACAUCUCUUGCCCUGUGACAUACUGUAAUGAGACUCCUGUUGUCGAAUGGAUAAAAAUUGGUGACAUUGGUAACAUGUUUGUACACAUCAAAGAAACAAAUCAAGUAACAGUUACAAAGGAACAAACAGGCUUGAAGGAGAUAAUCUCAUAUUUACACUUCAGGAACUUUGUGCCAGAUGAUAGUGGCAUUUAUAGGUGUAAGGUUACUACAUCAGGCUUUUCAUUAGAAAGCCACAACAUUAACAUCAAUGUUUCAGAUCCUCCCGGCUACACCAGUAUAAAUAGCACCACCGCACCAGAAAAGGAGAAGGAGACGGAUGACAGGCGACUUCUGUAUGUCUUCAUUUUCUUAGGAACCCUCGGUCUGGUCUUGUUCGUGAUGUUGUUCUCUUUCCUGUGCAUAAAUCAAUAUUCAAGAAACAACCACAGAAGAAAGAACUGUCCGAGACCAGCGAGUACCACCACAUCAGGAAAGUCCCAGGAAAUUCCAGAAGAGCAAAACAACAUUUAUGAUGCAACUACAGAUGAGCUAAAUUCAGAGCAGAACUCUCUGUGUAUAGAAAACAAUCAGAAAUGUACAGCAGUAAUGGAACAGGGGAACAGAAACAGUAGUGACGGAUCAGAGCAGAUUGUUUACGCCACUCUUCAACAUCCUACUCCCAGUGGACCUUCUGCAGUCCGCCAUCAAUCAAGAGACCAGCUAUCAGAGUAUGCAUCCAUCCGAAUUGGCUAAAAAAAUAAUUUGGGACAACUUCAGAGUUUCAAUGUUUUCUGUUAAAGGAGGAGGGAAAUAAAUUAGCAGUGUGAGUAUUAUGAUAAGCCAACCAGGAGCUGGGGUUAGUGUAAAGUGUUCUCAUAGAAGAACAUAAUGAAUAAUUGGGAGCUUUUUUAGAUUAAAGGAAAUUCCAAGACCCCACCUAUGAUCAUAGCAUAGAUUUAAUUUAUUUGUAUUCAUAAUUUUAGCGUUUCUGAAUAUUUACGAAUAUAUGACUUUCUGUCAUUCAGUUACUCCUGCUUUUGACAUGACUUUGUACAUUCAGCACUAUCUUACUGUACAUAAAAUAAAACAAAACAUAUACUUGUAGCAUGUUGGGAAAGGUUCAGGGAAAUAGAAAACUGAAGGUAGGCUUUAAAAUCAUGCUUUAGAUAUAAAAGCACACUAUAGAUAUAUACACACAGCUCUGUGUGUUCAUUGGUCUUCCUCGUCUCUCACUAUUUAAUCCCUUCUGAAGCUCAUUGCAGGUGUGUGAUCCUUCGCAGUCACUUCCCUUGGUUCCACCCCCAUUCAAUAUCAAUAUAUUGUCAACCACAUUCAUACUUUUUAAUGACAGAGUUUGCACUUUGGGUAGGUUAAAUGCAGAGAACGAAUUCUGAGUAUGGGUCACCAUACUUAGCUGUAUGUCUCGUCAUUUUCAUUUUCAAGUCACCAUCCAAUCUGGCUUAACUCUGUGAUAACUAAAUAAUAAUGACAACUUUCAUCUUAGCUGAUGAUAGUAAUCUAAACUGUCAUCCUGUGAUUUAAAAAAAAACAAAAAAAAAACAAAGCAGGGGACAUCACAGACACCCAAUGGCCCUUAGACCACACUUUGAGAACCAUGGAGUUAGAAGACCAUUCAUGUUCUGCAAAAAAAGAUCUUUAAGUAAUUAAAAGAACAAUUUAGGAACUUAAUUCUGGUUUGUUUAUUUACUGUAGUAAUUAGGACUGUUUUUGCCCUAGCAGAGAUAUAUUUUGUACAUAUGGAUGAUUUCAUGUCGCUAAAGUAGGCUUGGAUUGCCAAAAUAUUCUGUAUAGCUCUACAGUAGGUGCUGGAGUAGUUUUUCUUAUUUAUCUGAUACAUUUGAAGAUGUUUAAAAUGUUAAAAACUUCACUUGUAUUUUUUUAUGUUCAUCUACACAGAUUCGGUGAGUCUGUGCCCACUUUAGCCUCAGAUUCCUUUUCUUGGCUGGCACGAGUGUAUGUACAUGUUCUGAGAUUCUUUUCAGCUCACUAUGGCUAUAAAGAGUGAUUAUUUGA